UUCAAGAAAUAGAACGCGAGAGAGAGAGAGAGAGCGAGAGAGAGAGAGAGACAGUGGAAGAGUUGUGAUUUGUGAAGAAGGGAAUUUGGAAGGAAGCAAGCGAGUGCUUCUUCCGGGAAUGGGGGCGGAGGAUGAAAUUUCUCCGGCCGAUGGUCAUAGGGUUCCCGGCAAGGAACAGCAAGCCGCCGGCGUCGGAAUCCUUCUUCAGAUCAUGAUGUUGGUGUUGUCUUUCGUUCUCGGUCACGUUCUCCGUCGUAAGAAGAUUUACAUCAUUCCUGAAGCCAGUGCUUCUCUUCUCAUAGGGUUAAUUGUUGGUGUACUAGCUAACAUUUCAGACACUGAAAAUAAUAUUAGGUCGUGGUUCAAUUUUCAUGAGGAGUUUUUCUUCCUGUUCCUGUUACCUCCCAUCAUAUUUCAGUCUGGGUUCAGUCUCUCACCUAAACCCUUUUUCUCAAAUUUUGGUGCAAUUGUGACUUUUGCUAUAUUUGGUACCUUUCUAGCUUCAUUUGUUACUGGUGUCUUGGUUUAUCUUGGUGGGUUGGUCUUCCUCAUGUAUAGACUACCUUUUGUUGAGUGCAUGAUGUUUGGUGCUCUUAUAUCAGCAACUGAUCCUGUUACUGUUUUGUCCAUAUUUCAGGAGCUGGGCACAGAUGUCAAUCUAUAUGCCUUGGUUUUUGGAGAAUCUGUUUUGAAUGAUGCAAUGGCAAUUUCGUUGUACAGAACAAUGGCAUUGGUUAAAACUCAACCGUCUGGACAAAAUUUAUUGAUGGUGGUUGUUAGAUUUUUGGAGACUUUUGUUGGGUCAUUGUCUGCAGGUGUUGGAGUUGGAUUUACAUCUGCUUUACUAUUUAAGUAUGCAGGGUUGGAUGUUGACAACCUUCAGAACUUGGAGAGCUGUCUUUUUGUUCUUUUCCCAUAUUUCUCGUACAUGCUUGCAGAGGGCAUUGGUCUGUCUGGUAUUGUAUCAAUACUGUUCACAGGAAUAGUCAUGAAGCAUUAUUCGUAUUCAAAUUUGUCCCAAAGUUCUCAAAGAUUUGUCUCUGCUUUUUUCGAGUUGAUAUCGUCACUAGCAGAAACAUUUGUAUUUAUAUACAUGGGCUUUGAUAUUGCUAUGGAGCAACAUAGCUGGUCACAUGUUGGAUUUAUAUUCUUCUCCAUUAUAUUCAUUGGAAUUGCAAGGGCGGCAAAUGUCUUCUCUUGUGCUUAUCUUGUCAAUCUGGUCAGACCCAAUCAUAGAAAGAUACCUGCAAAACACCAGAAAGCACUUUGGUAUAGUGGACUUCGAGGGGCAAUGGCCUUUGCCCUUGCUCUGCAAUCAGUUCACGAUCUUCCAGAAGGACAUGGCCAGACCAUCUUCACUGCAACUACAGCAAUAGUUGUUUUGACGGUAUUGCUGAUUGGUGGUUCAACAGGUACCAUGCUGGAAGCUCUAGAUGUUAUAGGUGGUGAAAGUCAUAAUGAUAGCCCUUUGGCUUCAGUUGGUUCCAUCACAAAUUACGAUGGAAACAAUGGUUAUAUUGCUCCUUCUUACGAUGAAGAAUCAUCCUCGGGGAACAAAAUCAAGAUGAAGUUAAAAGAAUUCCACAAGAGUGCUGCAUCUUUUACGGCAUUAGAUAAAAACUACCUCACCCCAUUCUUUACAAGUCAUAACGGAGAUGAAGAUGAAGCCGAGCCUUUUACUUCGACAAGAUCGGGAUUUCAUGGACAUGACCAUUAUUCAUCAUGAUUCUUUCCGAGCAACACAAUGCAUUUGAAGUCUCCUUUCCUUUGUACAUAACUUCAGUCAUGCAAUUUAUAGACAGCUAGUAGGAAUUGGCAUAAUACAAGAAUCAAAUUUAUCUCCUGCAUUCCAAUUUGUACGAUUGAGAAUCUCAUGGCAAGGAUCAUUUGUUUGGACGACAUCAUCUCUGCAGCAUUAGCAUUCCAUGCAAGUUGAUGACUGUAUGCGUAUGCCUAUGCCAUGAAGUCGGAGGUUUAUAAUUUGGAUCGAACCACACAUGUAUUUUUUAAGUUCACGUUUUUACAGGUUCUUUGAACUUGUUAUAGUUCUACUUAGUUAUGAAAAUUCUAGUUUACUUCAUUCAUCAUUACGACAAUGGGUUUUAAGGAUGAAUACAGUUCUCAAUAUGCAUACAGUUAAGGAUUAU